UCGAUGUUAUCUGAAUUAUUAAACAACGAUAACGAAGAGCCAGGACUUAAAAUUGGUGGGAGAUACGAACCCACAAACUGUCAUUCACGAGAAAAAGUAGCCAUAAUAGUACCAUACCGACAAAGGCAUCAUCAUUUAAAAAUAUUUCUGCGAUACAUGCAUCCGUUUCUACGACGUCAGCAACUUACAUACACAGUUUUUGUCAUAGAACAAUUUGAUGAUUUGCCAUUCAACCGAGGAAUGCUAAUGAAUAUUGGAUAUAAAGAGGCCACCAAACUAGAUUCUUUUAAGUGUAUUAUUUUUCAUGACGUUGAUCUACUUCCCGAAGAUGACAGAAAUACUUACAGAUGUCCAGAAGAUGGAAAACCAAGACAAAUGGCAUUUUUAAUGGACAUUUACGAUUACAAGCCGGCCCCAAACAGUUAUUUUGGAGGCGUUAACGCUUUUUUAACAACCAACUUUCAGCUUGUUAAUGGCUUCUCCAAUUUAUUUUGGGGCUGGGGCAGUGAAGAUGAUGACUUAUACCGUCGCUUAUUACGCCAUAAUCUUAUGGUAACAAGAUUGUUUGAAAGUGAGCCAUCGCUUGUUCAUAUUGCCCGCUAUAAAAUGCUGGACCAUGCCUGGUCAAAUCCCAAUCCGGAUCGGGACUGGUUGUAUAAAGAAGGGGGUGACCGACAAACAUAUGAUGGUCUGAGUGACCUUAAAUAUGUGUUAGUAAAAAAACAAUUAACACCACUCUACACUCAUCUUCUUGUUGACUUGAAAAAAAAUCAGCCAAAUGAAUAA